AUGCGCUCUACCUUUGCAGGAUAUAUGGGGGAAAUAAGGAGCAGGAAUGCAGGGAGCAACAAGUGUAAGAGUGAGGGGGGGGAGAAAAAGAGAUUGUGUCAGCUUGUAAAAUCCUCAGGGGACCAACUUGAAGUGGACCCAACUCAGUAUUGGGAUAAGGGGGACGAUUUAGGAGGGGAAUAUUCGGGAAUAGAUCGGUAUGCUAAAACCAUAUGUAAACGUCUGGAGGAGUGGAUAAGUACAUUCAGUUGGCGACAGGGAACUGAAGGACUUUACUUAUUCGAAAAAUGCAAGUAUGAUCCCGUCAAAGGGAUAGUUACCACGCAGGGGAAGGAUACGGAGUGUAAAAUGCAGCCAGGUAUUCUACAUUGGGAUAAUCUGGGGGACAGGGGCAAGUUAAAUAUGAAGCAAGAAUAUCACGUUGAAUAUCAAAUUUGUAUUGAUAUAGUUAGCACAAUAGCACAUGUUUUUGGAUUAAAGUCCACGGGAAGUAGUGUGAAUAUGAACCAGGCUAAGCAGGAGAACUACUGCCAGCAGAUGUAUGACAAGUUAACAAAAUGGGGAGGAAAGGACGAGGCCGAAGGGAUAAUGCAGCAGUGGUUUACUAUUCAACCCCAAGAAGCCUCAAGGGGGAAAUAUUUCAGACUGAGUGGUUAUGAUCUAUUUGAAAUGGUGACAACCCUAAUUAGCCAAGGCGGACGAACUAAUAAGGAUCUGAUCUGCAGGAAGGAGAACACGGUGAGGGGAGAACUCCAGGAACAAAUUAUCAGUUACCAUACCCAGCAGAGUGAAGAUAGCCAGGGAAUAACCCCACCACAGGAGGACCAUGGAGGGACACCGGAGGUAACAGGUUCAGGAGGAGGCCCACGGCCAAGACUAACAGUGGGUGCAGGCGCUGGAAGCCCGAGUAUGCCUUCUCAGCCACAGCAGCACAGUCCCAGCGAUAGCAUAUCGAGGAAUGAUAACGAGGAGUCAUUAACUUCACUCUCUAGCGGGAAUUCAUCAGAUUCCAGUAGGGAGGAAACUGUAGGGGACGACGGAGCUGCGGGUGGCGUAAUAGGGAGUACCGUGGGGGGACUCGUAGCGUCAGCACUGGCAGUGGGGGCUCUUUAUGGUAUAUAUAGGAUUCGAUAUCAGCGCAGGAAAUUGAGAAACUCCCUGCCUAGAAGGGGGGAGAGCACGGGAGUAAAAUAUGGGAGGUACCAGAGGGAUUAG